AUGGCGCGUCGCUCCUCUGUCCUUGUGCCGUCCGCCGCAAGCCUUCACGACACUUUUCGCAUCCCGGCAAACACCACUUCCCUCGUCAAAUCACUCGGGAAACUCUCCAGAGCUUCUCUAAUCGCCCUUGCCCUGCAAUGGCUGGAUGACGAGUAUGUUCAUAUCUGUCGUCCCUACCUCAGUAGGGAUGCGCAACAACGGUGGGAUGCCGAUGGAGAAGAUGACGAUGAUGCCAACCCGUAUGACCCGGCCACCUCAAUUGAAGAGCUGAGGGGCAUAUAUACAGACCUACAGGAGCGCCGGGGGGGCAAACGAGAAGUUGUCAAUCGUAUACUGGAAGGCGAUUGGAGGAAUGGUUUGACGCUUCGUCAACUUGCCAUGGCCGACAUCCUCUACAUCGAAGACAAUCCUGCUGCCGCGCAUCGCUGGACUGCGCUGCAGCUUGUGCCGAGCGUGGACAAAAAGGAACCAUGGCAUAGAAUCAAUGACUCCAAUGAUAUUUCUGUUCCUUUACCACGCUUUCACGGUGCUACAUUUCUAAAAUCUAUCCAAAACGAGAUAUCGCCCCUUGUCAAGGCGCACUACUACAUAUCCCGCUCUGCCAGUCUUCCACUCACCUUUGUUCGGAUUUUUAUCGUGGACUCCCCCUACCAAUAUCCAAAACAACCACCCAAGGCCUUCACCGACGCUUCAAGGAUAAUCUAUCUUGUGUUCCCGGAUAGUUCUCCGUUUAUAUACUCCUCACUGUUCUCAAUUCCCGCCCCUCGCGCCGCGACUCUUCCCUCUGCACGUUUACCAUCACUGACAACCGACACCAGAGCUCUCAGACGAAUUGUCAUGGACGCCAUUCCUAAAGCAUUAUCCCGCCCUCAACAGCGGUAUUCUCUGAAAGCAACGUCACUGGUGACAAAGAGUCUUCAUACUCUCCUUGCCCUCCGCGGCCCGUGGAGAACUAACACUGCCAACGGCGCAUUCAGUAUCUUUGCGGAUGCGGUCGUUGAGCAGUGCCCCCUUGAUCCAAGGCUACCCAUAUCGACUCCCGUUGAGGACUCGGCAAAUCCAGGAGCCCAGAAAGAAAAUAUGUCAUCAUUGGCGGGGACGGAGAGCGAGUCUAAUCAGCACCCGUCCCAUUCCUCAGCGAAAACAAAACGACAAAAAACCAUACUCUCGAGAUUUGGAACAUCAGGCUCUUACCGUCAUCUUCUGGCGAUUCCUCCUUCGUCAUCUCCUCGCGCAUCAUCAUCAUCACCAUCACCACCAUCAGUCCCCCAAGCAGCCACCUGCCCCAAUCCCGCUCUCGAAAAAAUUGACAUCUCCCUCCAAGACCCCAUCACUCCUUCGUCUCAAGUCAAAGGUCUCGAACUCGACGACAAUCCCACCAUGUCGCUUACUUUUUCCGGCUCCGAUGUGAUAUCCGGUCUGCGACAACUUGCGGAAUUGGGCGUGAUCGACGCAGCCAAGAUGCCCCCGUGGAUGACCGGCGAGGAGGGUACGAGUUCUGCUGUAGUUAGGGACGGAAAGAGGAUAUUAAAUGACCACGGAUAAACGUCGACUCACUCGUUCGGGGGAGUAGUAUCUGUGCUGCAUGAUAAAGGCAAAUGUACGACCGGAGGACGAACCGCGAUCGGUCGCUUAUAGCGAGUGUAUUGGUUAUUUAAAUCCCAUGAUGCCCAAUGUCCCGGUGUCUAGUCAAACAUUCAUUCUUACCAGAGGCCUGCCGCGCAACGUAGUGUGAGAUGGAAUUAAAACUGAUUAUAUUGUUAAUACCAACCUUGUCAUUAGAGGUACAACAGAGAAGCAGAAUGAAAAUUCUCAGGAGGUGCCAGAAACCAUUGAUGAUAGCUGCACUCGCCAUGUCAAAGGGAAUUUGGUAGCAGUCCACGUUCUCAACAAUGCGAACAUCAAAACGUCCUUGCUCUUUGAAUAUUAACCUUGACGCUUGGUGUGUAGCCAACCAUCCUAAAACGAAACCUGCCAAUAUUCUUGAACGCAACAAAGCGUCUUCAUUUAAACGGACAUGAUGUUGGAUUGUAACCAAGAGUCUCCACAACCACAGUGUGGUCAAGCUGAGAACCAACCAUGUUAGGCUAAUAGUAGGGAUACAAUUGUCGGCGCACC